GAACAACGCAGGAGGGCCUCGCGCUGCCUCUAUGUCGGAGUGCCCUGACGAAUGGCAGUGGGGUGCUGAUGGUUCUGCAUACAACUAUGACCACUACAACGGCAGUUACCUUCGCGCUCACCCUGCUGUAAACGCACAGUGGGAUCAAGGGACGCAGACAAAGGGACCGAGGUGGCCCAAGAGAAAAAAAGGAGCGCAAACUGAUCUUAAGGCGGAAAUUUCUAAAUACAGUGGUUCAUCCCGCAUCCUGUCUUCUUCCAUCUUCCAUGUUUGCUUUCUACUUCUCGCCAAAAAUCGAUACAGCCAUUCUUCUUCGUGUAGACGAUGUCCGUCUAGACCACGCUGAAACUAAGUAAAUACUUACAUCUACAUUUCUUGCUCUUCUUUCUAAGGUGAAAAGAACCGUGCUCGACAGUCUUUCGAGCAGUGACGGCGAUCAGGCGAGAUAUUCGAACCUCUGGUAUCCGAUGAUGAAGAUGAUGCAAAGUCCAGCGGCAGCGUUUUGGUCUUCGAACAAUAUGGAGGAUGCGGUGAUGGGAUCUCCCAUGUUACCAGCUUCGUCCUCCAACAACAUGCAGUACUUGAUGAACUUUGGUUGCGUUCCAUAUUGUUCGCCUACUUCCGCCUCAGUUUUUCAAACAGCUAGUGGGGGAUGUGUUUCCUACCAGCAGCAACCACAGGAUGGUACUUCUUCUGUCCUCACCGGUUCUCCUGUUUGUGCGAGCAGUGGUUAUAAUGCUGUUACAGUUACUGCUUCACCACCUUUAGCUCUCCAGCAUCAAUCAGUACCAGCAUCUCAAUCUGCAUCCGGUGGCGUAGCACCAGUUGGUGACGGUGGUUCACCGCAAGUAGUAGUGCAGGAGCAAAAAGCACAACAAGCUCAGCAAUCCUUAUUACGAAAGGCACAAUCUCCACCUCAAUCCGCCGACCCGGUGAAGGACAGUUCGGCUCAGCAAAGACAGGAUUGGUCCCGUGCACCAGGAGGCAAGACAGUGACGACGGCUUCAAAUGUACCUGGCGGACUUCAAUAUCAAGCGCCAGUACCCGCUGCACCUGAGAGACGAGCUCAACCUAAGAAUGGAGGUCCCGUUGUCUCGUCUGGAUCUCCUUCUGCACGUCCUUUUGCCCUUCCUGUUGAACAACUAAACGGUCCUUUUCCCCUUCCCCCAGCUGCUGCAUCUGCAGAAUCAACUACCUGUGACCCAACUACCUGUUCGCGAGAAAAGAAGCCUCAACGCCUUUUUAGCAGUCAGCCUGUGACUAGUAGUCCCACGACAAGAAGUUCUAACUCGCAGGAUCGCUCUACAACUCCUCAGGACCACUCAUCUAUCCUGAACGUUACGAACGAACAAGAACAACAACAUCGUCAAGCUCAAGUAAAAGGAAGUGGGAAUUAUGUUUUCUGCUUACCAGAUCAAGCUGGUCUAUCGGAGAUGGAGGGAUGGUUGCUUACCCGCACGUUUGGCUUCAAAUCGACGAGGGACGACCGAAAAGGAGUGUGGCUGGGAUUUCCAUGGACCGCACAUGGACGACAAAGAUUUGCGAAGCAUGGCUUUCAUAUUAUGGCUCCUUUCUACUUGGAGAAGCAAAAUCCUUACCGCGGUCAAGAAUAGUUUUUACCUGUACUCCCUAAGAUUCUUUUUGAUUUUGGUAAGAGAUUCCAAAAGAAAUAAAGUUAGAACUCUGGACUCAGGAGCUCGCCCCUUUUUCGAGAUCGUCAGAAGGACCAUUCAUUUUUAUAUUUAUAGUUUUAGACUUCAUUCUUGCGCGAAUAGUUAUAGCCUGAGGGAAACAGUAAUAUCUUGGGCCUUGUACUAGUAGGAGUCCACCUCUUCCCUCUUUUAAUAAGAAGUUAGCGGCAAAGUCUCUUGCGGCUACUUUCAACGAAGCUGUGACGGCUUUGAGAGAUGGCAGUUUUGUAGGAAUGCAAAUGCCGGAAAGACGUACCGAGGAGAUUAAGGCGUCAGCUCGUGAAAAUUAAUCUUCAGGAGAAGCUGCUUCUUCUUUUUCAUUCUCAGGAGGUGUUGUUGGGAAAGGACUAGUACCAGGAGCCAGAAGAUGCCGCUAGGCAGUCUGCACUGUAGGUACGUUGUGCGAGAUAAAUUGUCUUGUAUUGAUGAAUUUGCCUACUUAUACGCUUACCUUGUCGCAGGUGAGCUAACUCCUAUAAUCCUAUCCUAAUUUGACACGAGCACGAGAGGACCUCUAGCUACCUCUAAGAGUUUCAACACCGGCAACAUUGUUCCGUUGUCCGCACUUCGACUUGUAGCGAAGGAGAUCGAUGUUAGCAGCUUGCAUGAAGAGGAUCUAGUAGCUUUGGAGGAUCUCCUUGAACGUUUGCCACCCCAUCUGAAUGCGCCGGACGGCAGCUGGCAGCAAGUCGCAUUGUCGUACUAUUACGGAAUACCAGUUGCCAUCAAUGCACCUACGAAAUCUCGCGUUGUACCUUCUGCGGAGGACGACCAACAGGGUCCUUUUGAUGAUACGAAGUUGAGGCCUAACCCGAUCAAAGACGACGCUAGUCAGCCUCGUUUGAAGGACAACGGCAACCACGGUGAUCCGAACGAGACUAAAGCAGAGACCACUAAAGCAGCUGCAAACUACAAACUACCUGCGGAGUUGACUGGAACAUCUACCUAUGGUGGCACGUUUUUUGCUCCUUACAACGGCGAUGACGGUUAUGGAGGUGGGGCGCCAGCAAUGACUUUGAAUUAUCAACAUGGUGGAGGGGUAUCAUCUUCUCCCACGUUGCCAUCCACAUCUGCAAUGCCUAUGACUCUGCCUUCUCUUUCUUGUGCUGUUUCUGCUACGCCCGGAGGUGCAGCACAAGUACCUCCCAGCACUCACAUUAGCGCAUUUCUUACGCCUGUGCCGAUUUUCAGUCCUGUGCUGCAACAUGUUAGCGCUGGUCUUCAACCGAGUUGGAGUUCUCAAAGUGUUCAUCCUCAAGCUUCUCCUGAAGGAGAUGGAAGUCGUGCGGUACAAGAAGUAUCACGCAGUGGGCUGAUGCACACAGCGGCAGCUUACCCCACAGCAGUACAAGAGCUGUGUCAGGUGAUGAGGGAACUAGGAAAUCUAGGGCCUUCGAAUAGCCACCUCCUCGGAAAUCUAGGACCUUCGACUACCCACGAUACAGGAGUUUAUGCGGCAUAUUUUAUGAGACGGGAAUAAGUAAUUAGUUAUUAGAUGGACUAGUAGUUUGAGAAAGGGUAGUUUGAGAAAGGUUAAGGUGGUACAUCCAUGCUGUUUGUAAUCGGUUUGAUAAGAACUCAUGCUGUUUCACCUCGUUCUGUUAUCUUUCCUUUAAUAAGCUCUCAAAGUUUAUUACUUAUGUAGAUCCUCUACCUCUAACGGGCGUAAUUUGUUCGGAACACAUGAUCCUGGUGAAGCAUCUUCAAGUGCGCAAGGGGGUGAAGACUAUCAUAAUUGGCCAGCAUGGUCGUGGUCAGCGUGAGCUGAGUCGCACCAGGCAUGAGAUGAAUUAGCGGAUACUCAAAUGAUUUAUGACGGUCGUUCAUUUUCAUGCGACUUUCAUUCUACAACUGCCAUCAAUAAUGUAUGCGUAAGAUGACGUAGGGAGACUUAGAUGUAGUACUAACACCCGCUCGUCAUUGUUGAGAACGGGGUAUCUCACCACAUUGAACUGGGUGUCGAUCAACGAUUGCUGUUGUGAAGGUGAUAAUAGACGACUUCCUGACAUCUUCCGUGGACAGAAGUGGUGGUCGAUGCCGAUAGCGAUCGUUCUCCCUGAAAAUUACACAAGCAACCGUUGCUUUUGGUACUAGAGGAAGUGUCCCACUCGCCUGCUUCUGCUAGGGACGGCCAAGGACUAGGUGGACUUGGAUCUAACUGAGGAAUCAUAAUCAACAUAUUGUAGACCACGGGAAGACCUGAAGACUUCACUUGUUGCAGCGUUGAUCAAUUCAUUUUUUUCUUUUGGUAUGAUGAUGCAAAAGAUCACGCGUCGAAUAUUCUCAUGAUGUCGUGUUGGAGCAACCUUUUUGAAAACAACAUAGUUCUUGUACUUCUAAAGCCGCUUUGUGCAAUCACGCUCGUCCUUCACCGAUGCUCUUUUUUAACGCAAGCAUCUGUACAUCCAGCACCGACCACCUAAUCCGGAGGUGAGAAUAUAGCUGAAGACGAGGCUUGAAAUGAAUGCCACAACUAUGAUUAGGAGCAGGAUUUCUGAAAUCCGAUUUCAUUUGUUUUGUAGUUUUGUGAGUACCUAGGCUUUUGGCGUCGUGCUGUGCAUCUAAGUAGUAUUUGUGAGUCUGAUCACUCUCGGGUAGUUAUUUGAUCCAAGUAAUCUCCUUGUUUCAUUAUUUUCCAAGAUGUUAGGAAUAUUCACCGACUAAAAGGCCGCCCAUACGAUCACACCAUCAGCAUACUUUUCCAUGUAAGUAGCAGCUAUAUGAGUUUUUCAAUCAACAAAAAAAAAUAGAUAGCUUUAAACUGGAUGUGGCGGGUUGAAGAACAAGCUUCAAUCUGCUGCGGAGUAUUGGUACGGACCCGACUUUUCAUCAGAAGUCGAUAAUUGAAUAUAGAUUGGAUACCCCUAAGAGGGUCUCGGAGGGCUCCCAGGAGGGAAGACGUAAAAAAGUACUCGUGUCAUGUCUGUUGUUUGUCAAAACAACAAAAAAGAAGUGUCACAUAAAACAAACCAAACAGUCUAAAUGUGAAAAGCCCUCUUUUGCAACUUCUUUCCCUGCACUACCCAUUACAAGGCGUCCCCCACACACCAAACAAAAAAAUACCUCGCGAACACGUGAAUGAAUGAAUAACGGAGCUCGUCUGUCUAAUAGUACUCAGUAUAAUGGCCAUGAUGAAUCCUGAAUGAAAAGCUUCGGUAUUUGCAGCCUAGAAAUGAUAUAUUCAUCUAGGACCACGGUCACAUCGUCCAAAGACCUUUUUAACCCUUCUAAGAUCCAACUACUCGACCCUCUUGCCGCAUGUUGUCGCUACUCGUGUAUUAUAGUCUUUUUUUCAGCGUGGCUUUGUUCUAUUUUUGCUCGAGCUACGCAUAUGUUCCAUUUCAACUGCUGCUCGUAAGUAGUGCAAAGAUUCUCUCUCCAAAGAAAUUUCAACUGACAUGGUCAGGAGACGAGAAUCAGGAAGAUGCUAAAACAUGAACCAUGGCAAGAGAGACCGAGAAUGAUUGAUAGACCUCUGUGUAAGUUUUGCUUCAAAAAUUGCCAGUAAGGGUCGAACCUGAAGGACAAGAAACUGAGAACCAUGCCGCCUAAAGAGUAGAGGACUUUGAUACUCCAGGAGGACGUUGAAACUGAGAAUUGGUAUGUACUUCUUGUUCUUCUACGAACUGUUGUAAAAAUAGAUACCUUCUUUAUGAUUUCUCUCCGUCUACUUCUUCUAUCGGUAGUAGUUCUUGUAUGAUUAUGGAUCGUACUAGGCGGUAUGAUCUACCAUGUUGGCAGUGUCGCGG